ACAACCGGUGUACAAAAUUAAGUCAGUCGACUAAUCGAACAUUAGCCCUCGAGGUGACCGAGACCCUGCUGUCAAACUUCUGUCAGCAUCUGUCACCACUGCUCCGUCAAGUCUUCGCGGGAUAAAAAAAUAAAUAGCAAAUCGAGAUGUCAACCAAGAAGAAAAUUUGCAUCGUAGGAAGUGGAAAUUGGGGCUCGGCGAUUGCAAAAAUCAUCGGUGCCAAUGUCGUCAAAUUUAACAAUAAAUUUGAAGAACGCGUCACCAUGUACGUGUACGAGGAAAUCAUAAACAACAAGAAGCUGACAGAAAUUAUCAACGAACAGCAUGAGAACGUUAAAUAUCUUCCUGGUCACAAGCUCCCCGAAAAUGUGGUGGCUGUUCCCGACGUGGUGGAGGCUGCCAAGGAAGCCGACAUUCUCGUAUUCGUCGUUCCUCACCAAUUUAUAAGAACCCUCUGUGCCACGUUACUCGGAAAAAUUAAACCAACAGCUGUCGGACUGUCAUUGAUUAAGGGCUUCGAUCAAGCAGAAGGUGGGGGUGUCGACCUGAUCUCCAAAGUGAUCGAGAAGCACUUGAAGAUUCAGUGCUACGUAUUGAUGGGAGCAAACUUGGCCAACGAAGUUGCCGAGGGAAAUUUCUGCGAGACCACGAUAGGAUGCAAGGAUAAGCGCUUGGCACCCUUGCUGAGGGAUGCCACUCAGACGGACAAUUUUAGGGUCGUCGUUGUAGAAGACGCCGAAGCUGUGGAAGUUUGCGGUGCUCUUAAGAAUAUUGUAGCUUGCGCGGCAGGUUUCGUAGAUGGCCUGGGCUUAGGCGACAAUACCAAGGCAGCCAUAAUUCGACUGGGUCUCAUGGAAAUGAUCAAAUUUGUAGACACCUUUUAUGGCGGUUCGAAAUUAUCUACCUUUUUCGAAAGUUGUGGAGUCGCUGACCUUAUCACCACUUGUUUCGGUGGAAGAAAUCGUCGCGUUUGCGAGCAAUUUGUGAAGACUAAUAAGUCAAUCAAAGAACUGGAGGAUGAGCUCCUGGCUGGUCAGAAACUUCAAGGUCCAGCGACAGCUGAUGAAGUUUAUGGGAUGUUGAAGACCCGCGCCAUGACCGACAAGUUCCCCUUAUUUGUUGCUGUUCAUCGUAUUUGCACACGAGAGCUGAAACCCACUGAAUUGAUCGAUCAAAUUCGCAAUCAUCCCGAGCAUGUGAUGAGAGUGGAAGGUGUCAUUGAGGGUGAUCAAGCAUAAAUGUGCAUUCUAACUCACAGAUGCACAAUCCAUUCAUGGAUGGCUAUAUACUAGCAAUAGAGCUGAAACUUCCCGUGGUUUGAAAUUCACCUCACUAUUAAUGCCAUAUUUUAAAUAAUAUAGGUGUCUGAUAUAAUAUCAAUUUAUUUUAAAUCGAUUUACAAUUAUUUAAUAUUGAAUAAUAACUACAGAUUUUUUUUUAAUUAAUUCAAUUUUCUAAAAAUUCAUUUACUUUUUUUUUACAUCCAUACAUUUCUUUGAUCCCGUGUUCUUUGGUUUAUUAUCAAUAGAUAAUGGAAGUUCGGCAUUGUCGAUUAAAACAUCUGGAGUAAUUCGUGCUUCUGUAAAUGUUAACGUUUCUAUAAGCGUAAUUAUAGAAAAGGAAAACAUACAUGUACACAACUGAUUAAAUGCUUAAUAAAUUACCAAAUCGUCCAGGUGAAA